AUGGUGACCUGUGCAAUGGAUUCAAGUUCAUCCCCGGAGUUCGAAUAUUUGUUUAAGUUGUUGAUGAUUGGGGACUCGGGUGUUGGGAAGAGUAGUCUCCUCCUCUGUUUCACCUCUGAUUCCUUUGAAGAUCUUUCUCCCACAAUUGGGGUUGAUUUUAAGGUCAAGUAUUUGGAUAUGGAAGGGAAAAAGCUGAAGCUUGCCAUUUGGGACACAGCUGGUCAAGAGAGAUUCAGAACAUUGACGAGUUCUUACUACCGAGGCGCACAAGGGAUCAUAAUGGUUUAUGAUGUAACUCGGCGGGAAACGUUUACGAAUCUCUCUGAAAUAUGGUCAAGGGAAAUAGAUCUUUAUUCGACAAAUGCGGAAUGCAUCAAGAUGCUUGUUGGAAACAAAGUAGAUAAGGAGAGUGAUAGAGUUGUGGCCAAGAAAGAGGGAAUAGACUUUGCCAGGGAAUGUGGUUGCCUAUUUAUCGAAUGCAGUGCUAAAACUCGAGUUAACGUACAGCAAUGCUUUGAAGAGCUUGUUCUGAAGAUUCUGGAUACACCUAGCCUCUUAGCCGAGGGCUCUAAGGGCACUAAAAAGAACAUUUUUAAGGACAGGCCAUCCGAUAGUGCGACAAGUAGUUGUUGCUGA